GGAGCGACAAGCACUCCGAGAUGCUGUGCCAGAACCUGGGCUGUGGAAGGCCCGUCGCCAUCCCCGAUGGUUUGAAGAAGAGGUCAGGGGGGGAAGCAGCGGUCAGCAGUGUGCACUGCCCGACCAACGUGUCCGACUUGAGCCGCUGCAGCUUUGUGAUGAACGCCACCUGUAAGAUGCCGACUGCCUAUGUUGUCUGCUCAGGAAGCCUCAAGUCCAAGCUGACUCAUAGUCGGGAUAAGUGUGGGGGUGAAAUGAGGGCCCUUCUGGCAGGGUCCUGGCAGCCUGCAUGUGGUGAUGAUAAAGUGAAGGACACAAUCUGCAGAGAAACGGGUUGUGGAACAAUCUGCAGAGAAACGGAUUGUGGAACAGCAUUACCUAAUACAGUGGCAGACAUAGUAACCAACUCACGGGCCCAUUUGGUCAAAUGUGCCGAGCCUUUCGAGUCCCUAGUGAACUGCACCGUAGAGACCGGACCCUGUGGCGAACAGAAACGAAGUGUCAGAUGCUCGGGCUGGAGUCAUCCGCUGGUGGUGGGGGAGAAAGCGUGCAGCGGUCCCGUGUUCAUCCAGAAGGCCACCUCCUCCAACCUCCUCCACCCCAUAAGCUCGGCCGGCUGGGGCGACAGGGAGUCCAGGGCCCUGUGCGGGAGCCUGGGCUGCGGGGAGUUGGAGGACAACAGCAGCAAGCCCAACAUCCAUUUUGAGAAAUGGUGGGACAAAACUUACAAGUGCAAAGAUGGAGACCAGAACAUUUGGAACUGUAAAGAAAAUGACCAACCUGUUAAAGAGCAACAGUUGAGCAUCAGUUGCAAGGAAAAUCGGAAAAACAUAACGCUGACCGGUGGCUGUUACGGAGAGGUGGUUAUCGAUAACAAGAAGGUCUGCAAAACCAGGUGGACCGCGUUCAUGUCCGACAUUCUAUGUCAUCACCGGAGCUGUGGCAACCGUAUAGCCGAGGGUUAUGUGGAGUCUUCAUGGACUGGUGAGGCGUAUCAUUUGAGUUGCACUGGUGCUGAAGUGAACCCCCUGCAGUGUACAGCAGACGAAGGCAAAUGUAAUGAUGGCCCAGCUUCUGUGAUCUGUUCAAAGAGCUUGCGUUUUAAUCUGUCGGACGAGUGCGGAGGGGGGAUCCGAGUGCUCUACGGUGGUGAGUUGAAGCCUGCAUGCCUGAAGAGAGAGAGAGGAAAGAAGCCCAGUCGUCUGUGCAGUGAGGUCAAAGAAUGCGGGAACAUCAACGACAACAAGAAAGGCGUACCCGAACAGAGAGGUGGCCAGAAUACCAAGAAGUUUCGAUUCAAGUGUGAUUUGGACAAAGACCGAGAUUACUGUAGUAUGAAUUCGAGUGACAAUUGUCAGAGUGAUGACUACACUGAGUUGUACUGUGAUGGUUUCAAAGAGAUAAUCCCCCCUCCUGAACUCCCCAUCAAUCUCAUUGUGGGAGUUUCUGUUGGACUGCUCCUGCUGGUGAUAGCAAUCGCACUGGUACUGUGGCAAAGAAGACGUAUUAUGAAUCGGCUGCGUGGUGGGAGACGGGCCUUUUCCCAGACCAGAUCAUCUACUCUUGCAAGUGAUAACUUUGAGGAUAUAGAGCUCAGUUUGAAAGAAGGCAGAGAUAUGGAACUGAAGAGUCAAGCAAACGGUCAGCGGAAGAGUCUGAACAGUCAAGCCGCCUCUGAGUAUGAUGACAUUGACGAGGAAGCAGACCCUGGAUUUAACAGUGCAGAUGAAGCCCCCCCUCUUCCAGACAGACCAGCUCUUGAUGGAGAAGUGGACGAUGUUGAUGAUUACAUAGAUGGCAACUACGACGACGUGGACCAACCCCCACUGGAGGAGGAAGAAGACCCAGAGCAGCCAGGCGUGCCGGCCCAGCCUCAGGACAGCUCCGUGCCUGUGCCGUUGGACGAGGAGGACUACGUCCUGCCAGAUGACGACGAGUGAGGGAGGUGGAGUGGAGGUGAAGUGGAGGUGAAGUGGAGGUGACCUUUUACUUUCCCAGGAAAUGUAAAUCGUGGGUGAGAUUGAUGUGAACAUCGUGGGUGAGAUUGAUGAGAUUUGGGUGAGAAUGAGUUCACGGCACGACGGGCAUGUUAAAUGUUAUGUGUCUGCACCCCCCUGCCCCCAUGUUCACCCACUCCGAAACAAAAUAGUCUUCCUCCUUGUAAAAUACAAAUUGGAAUUCCCCCAAAAUCCACAAACACAAUAGCAUUGUUUAAGAUAUUUUAUACUCACGAAUGAAUCAGAAAGAGCUUGAUGAAUGUAAAAGCUGGAAUAUAUAGCUUGAUAUUUGUGUUGCCAUGCUGCAAGGAAGUGAAUUGCAAUGCUUAUAGUCUGCAGUGACGUCAUGCCCAUUAAGGGACCCCUCCAUGUCCUCAAGAUGAAUGUAUGUUUUUAAAACAUUAUGAGAAGUGAACUGCUCAGUUGGAGGGUGCUCAGCUAUAGAGUCAAACUAGUCAAACUAAUGCAAUUCAAACUUUGCCAACCACAAAAUAUCCAUGAACGACUAGCUAAAAAAUCAAUAUUCAUUUAAGAAUUGCCCCACAAUAAUUUUCAAUAAAGUUAUAAUGAUGGUCUAUACAGUACUAAUACAAUAUUAGGCCACUUAUAUUUGAAUACAAUAACCAUUAAAAAAAAAAAAAAAACCCAUGCUAUCAGAAUACUGUAGUCUAGUAGAUUAGGAAUUUGUCAUGCUUGGUGCCACGAUAUGCUGGAUUAAGAUAGGGCCCAUAAUGUUGAUUGAGAAUAUUAUGUGCCCACAAUGCCAAUCUUUAGCAGAACAAAAUACUGAUAUCUCAGUGAACCACCAUGACAUCAAUAUUGGUCCAAAUAAUGGGUUCGCACAUGAUAUGAAAUAUAUCCAGAGGUUUUUGAAUGAUCUUCAUCAAACUAUUCAGUUACUUGCUAAUAAGAUUCUGGUGAACGGAUUAAUUACUCAAGGUUGUGGAGUCAUAGAUCAAGGGGGUCAUGCACAGAAAUGGAUAUGCAGUGUUUGCAUAUCUGAAGCAGUUUGAAGGACCUUAAUCACACUUAAUCGCACUAUUAAUCACUAAAAUAGGCCAUGGGUCUCAGAUACAGUGUAGGUCAGGGGUCGACAACCUUUUCUCUUGAAAGUGCCAUUUUCUUUUACCAGAAAUAACAAAUAAAUCUGUCUAGGGCCACAAAGAUAUCGGAAAUCUUAAAAAGAAUCAGUUUCAACAUCUCCAUCUAUGGUAGCCUCAGGUAUAUGACAUACUCGACAUAAUCUGCAUAUCUGCUAUAUUGUACAGUAUAAUAUUUCCACCAACUGUUAAUGUUUUGGGACAGCUUGUAGCUUAAGGGCAUUAUGAAAUAUUUUAAUCACUUCCAUUUUUAGAGAAAGCCAAGAGGAGCUAAAGGGCUGUGUAGGUGGUUGAAUGACCUUGACCUUUUCUCUUAAUUCUAGCGGACAAAAUGUAGAUAGCAAGUGAAUAACAAUCAUUUUUUUGUUGUUGCAUUUCAUACCAAAAAUGCAACAACAAAAACAAUCCUCAAUAUAUAUUUUAAAUAUAAAUAAAAAUAUUCCUUUAAGUGGUUCAGCUGGAUUUCCUCCUGAGUAGUAACCAGUGUUCACGUCACAUAAGCCAGAAGACAGAGGAAGUGCUGCUUGUCUUUUUAGGUACUCCUGUCCCUCCCAAACUGCAUUUAAAUGCCAUGUUUAGCAGUCAAAUUUUCAAAAAUGCCCCAGGAGAGAACCCCUGGACCCCUGCUGAUAGCAUCCACACCCCUCACAGAAGAUACUUUCAAUGUCGCUGAUUAUGCACCCCCAGAGUUUGGGCUUGCAUGAUGCCCCUGCUUACAGUAUAUCCUACUUUAAUGAUUUGCCAGCUUUUAAACUUCUUUUAUUACAUUUUACCUAAAUAGAAUUGAAUGCAUGUUAUUGACUCUUAUACUGUUAGAUACUGGUAUAGAUACAUACAACCAUGUUGUAAAUAGUGCAGUUAGCUUUAGACAGCUUUAUAUAUGUAAACAUUCUAACUAAAUGUCUCUAUAUAUGAAGUUCUGAUCAUAUACUUAGUGACACCAAUAUCCACUUCUUCUUUGCAAAGGGGUCCAGCCCUUGUAACAACCAUACCUGUGAUCCACAAUAUGUAUUCUAUGACAGCAUAUCUGGGAAGAAAUGAACAUGCAAGGGACAUUCAAACAAUUGCUGUCCUAUUGAUAAUCCAACAGCAUCGCACCACUGGUGUACUGUAACAUGAGCUCAGUGAGCGUGGAGUGUUUGGCCUGGGUGUUGGACAACAGCAAGUGUAAAAUGAUUCAUACACAUGUCUAAGGGCAAGAUACGCAGCUGUGCUGAGCUGAUCAUUACAGAAUACUUGGGGAAUCUCUUAAUUGCCUUGAAUUCCAAUGCUUCAUUUACUCAUGCAUGUCAGAUGAAGAGCCGCCUUUGCUCUUAAACUGUCACGCAGUUGUUGCUUGCGAUCAAAUAAAGUAUGAUAGUUGGUUUUAUAGUGUAAAGUUAAACGUUUUUAUAUUACAACAAUAUUUUUUAUAAUGUUAUGUCAAUGUAUAAGCUUGUGCUGAUUUCUUUUUUAACAUCAAGAGUUGUUAUUGAGAAUAUCAACAUAUGUUUUUUAUAUUUUUGCUCAAGAUAUUAUAUAGCAAAGUAGAUUUUAUUUUCUGUUAAUCGAUUGGUUGUUUCUACUUCAAUAAAAAAUAAUA